AUGUUAUCGACUAGAGCCCCUGUCACCAGCACCAGCUCCAGUGUCUCCCCGACCCCUGCGUUCACGUCGAAUUGGCAGGUUGCACAGUCCUACACCGGCAACUCUUUCUUUUCUGGUUGGGAUUUCUUCACCGGCAACGAUCCAACGAAUGGUAUCAUCACAUACGUGGACCAGAACACUGCGCAAACGAACAACCUUGUUUCAAUUAAUAGUGCAGGGAAUGCAAUCAUGCGUGUCGACGACACUCCUCAGGUUUCCGGGAACGAUCGGAAAUCGGUACGCAUCACCACUCAGUUCAGCUUCAACGGAGCACUCGUCAUCAUGGACUCCGUGCACAUGCCGACUGGAUGCGGAACAUGGCCAGCGUUCUGGACCGAUGGGCCCAACUGGCCAAAUGGUGGUGAGAUCGACAUCGUUGAAGGCGUUAACGACUACACGAACAACCAAGCCACAAUCCACACAAACUCUGGCUGCUCCCUCCCAUCGUCGAACCUCACCUCGCUCGCGAUUACAGGCACUGUCGUUGGCGGGACCAACUGUGCUGCCUUGGAGACGGGAAACCAGGGCUGUGGCGUUCGCGCUGCGAACGUGAACUCGUUCGGUGCCGCGUUCAAUAAUAUCGGAGGCGGUGUCUAUGCCAUGCUUUGGGAUGAUGAUGGCGUCUCGGUGUACUUCUUCCCUCGCAGCUCAAUACCCGCAGACAUCACCGCCGGCGCACCGCAGCCCAAUGGCUGGGGUCUGCCCAUGGCCCAGUGGCCUGCGAGCUCUUGCAACCCAUCGACCUUCUUCCACGACCACUCGGCCAUCUUCGACACGACCCUUUGCGGUGACUGGGCGAGCGGCGUGUGGUCCUCGACCGGGGUCCCCGGACAGGAGCAGAGCUGUGCUCAGCGCACGGGUGUGGCGACAUGCGAAGACUUCGUGCGCAACAACGGUGCCGCGCUCCAGCAGGCUUACUGGGAGGUCAAGGGCGUCACGAUCUACCAGCAGAAGUGACGAGUCGACACCCGCUAUCUUUGACGGACCACGCGAACCGUGGACGCAAUGUACGAUCCUGUUUUUUAUACUAUGGUAAGCUCGCCGGGGCGACGCGGCGCUGUGUAUUUGGUUCUUAGGGUCUUGUGUUAGAUUAUUGGAUGAGAGACACGACAUUCGCGGAUUUCUUGCGGUGCGGAUGCACCUUGCCAGAGGUGACUCGCCCACAUCCUACGACCCCUUCUUCGAGGAAGGAAUUUAUUCCACGCUCUUUGUAAUAUCUAGACCGCUGCGCAUUUAUACGAUUAGUUGAACUAUGU